CAACAGAGACUGGAGUGUUCCGCUGGUUAAGACCAAACAUCUGAAUCGAGGAAGAAGAAAUGUUUGUCCCUGUUCCGUUAUUACAGGGUUUCCAAGGAAAAUUUUGGCGUAAACUCUUUUGACUUUUAUCUUUUUUGAUGGAUAUAAAAUUUAAUCUCGCAUGUUCGUAGCAGCAAGGAGAAUAAUGGCAGUGUUUUCGUGUUUUUUAGCUCUGAAUGCGUAAAUCAAUGCUUAGUUCGCAUCAAAUUGGGAAUUACGGCUAAUGAAGGGCGACGAAAAGGUAAAACUUUACCCGUGAAAAUGGUAGGUAGGGGGAGGCUGCUGCCCUGUGCAGGUUUGGGGCUGUUUGGUGUCCUGUGCUGGGUUUGGGUGUCUUUUGCCUCUUUUCCCGACGACCAGCUCCGUCUGGAAGUCUUUGACAGCGGGGACCGCGGCGCCUUUCUACCGCAAAGCGCUUUCCGGGAGAUGGAGUUUGCCUCCAUCGCUUCCUACAAAGGACCCGGUAACAAUGACGGUCGCAGUAACAAGCAGCUUCCCAUACUGCUGUGGUGGAGCGCGGGGCUUUUCCCACAUUUCCCGGGGGACACUGAACGCAUCGACUGUGCAACGUCCUCCUGUCUGGUCACAAGCAACCGCAAGGUCCAGCUGUACAAGAGGACAGCAUCCAUCAUAUUCUAUGGGACGGACUUCAGGGCGUAUGAGGCGCCGCUUCCUCGUCUGCCCCAUCAGACCUGGGCUCUGUUUCAUGAAGAGUCCCCCAUGAACAACUACUUCCUUUCUCACGCACCUGGAAUCAGGCUUUUCAACUACACAGCCACCUUCAGAAGAGAAUCCGACUAUCCGCUGACCCUGCAGUGGCUGCCCUCCCUGGAUUACCUGCUGCAGCCUGUGGCGGUGUCCCUGGAGGAGAAGAACCGCCUGAGGAGAGCGGGCAUGGCCCCUGUUCUCUACAUGCAGUCUCACUGUGAUGUGCCAUCAGAUAGAGACAGAUACGUCCAGGAACUGAUGAAAUACAUUCAGGUGGACUCCUAUGGGAAAUGCUUAAAUAACAAGCCGCUACCAGAACACCUGGAGGACACGUCCACUGCCACUGGCGAGGAGCCCGGGUUCAUGAAUUUCGUGGCCCGAUACAAGUUCCACCUGGCCUUUGAGAAUGGCCUGUGUCCAGACUAUAUGACGGAGAAGCUCUGGCGGCCUCUCCAUCAGGGCUGCGUGCCCGUCUAUCGAGGCUCGUCUGCUGUGGCCGACUGGCUGCCCAACGGCCGCUCUGCGAUAGUCAUCGAUGACUUCCCCUCGCCGGAAGCCCUCGCCGACUUUCUGCGGCAUCUGGACGAGAAUGAUGAGGAAUACCUGAGGUAUUUGGAAUUCAAGAACUUCAAAAGCAUCACCAACAGUCGCUUGCUGCAGGCGCUGGAGACCCGAGAGUGGGGGGUGAAUGACAUGAGCAAGCCCAACUACUUGAAUGGCUUUGAAUGCUACGUGUGCGAUCAGGAGAAUGCUCGGCUGGCAGCAGAGCGAGCACAUAGGAAAGACCCCAAACGGAGCCCGCCUCCUCUGCCUAAAAUGGCUUCGAACUCCCACAUGGGCUGCCCGCUGCCCAGCCCCGGAUACGGACACGUCCAGGACCUGCCAACAGACGAUGGAUGGUUGCAAAUAUGGCCUCAGGAUUACUGGCAGAGCCUGGACCAGGCAGAGGGGCUGGAGUCUCUGAUAAGACAUAACGAGUCCGACCCCGCUCUGCUGUGGAGGCACAUCCAAAGCAUUACGGAGCGCCGAGCCAGAGGAAAACACCGACCCGGGCCUCGGAAAACAAACAGAUGAUGGAGCGCAUCCAGGAUUAAAGGGGUUUCCCAAAUACCGCAUCCCAAAUGAGGUGGACAUGACUCGCGUUUUGCACCUGAGCCAAUACCCCUUUAAAUAGUCCAGUUAGAUCAGGGUUUUUCAAAAGUCCCAAUCCGAUUUUUGAUCUAUUUCUUUGAUUAAAUGUUUUAACCAAAAUCAAAAACUUGUGGACAGUUAGAGUAUUUCAUGAGAAAUUCAUCUCUGAGAUGUGGGUAGGACUGUUGGCGUAGAGCAACCCCGCCCCCCUUCCCCUCUCGGUUUCUGAAACAGACGGAUCAGGGAGCUUGUGUCACCCCCCCUUCCCCCCACGCAUUUUUUCAUCUGCUCCUAACUUACAAUUUGAAUGAUUAAAUACUCAGAAAUAUAA